AUGUGGAAAUAUCUGCAAUCUAUUCAAGUGUUCUCUAAUGCAGGCGAAAUUCCAUUGCUUACCGACCUCUUUGGAUGUUUUCCGGUGGAGCCGUUUUCAGAAGAAGAGAAUGCAGCAGAGAUGGAGGGCUUAUCCCUAACAAAAGAACAGUUGGCUGGUGGAUUUUGUGACAAGCAAACCCAAACCGAAAGAGCAGCUUUUGCUCCAAGGAGGAGAACGAAGCGCACAUACUCAAUGACGAAUCCCGUGGAAGACGAGCCGCAGUCGUUCAAAUUGCUACAGGCUCCUGGAAACUACACGCUAACCGAGAUGUUCGACGAUCUGAGAAGUGUGGGGGCGGAGCAGAACUCUCCAACGUCACAAAACAGUCCUUCGACGUCGAACGUGUUCGCACCACCUAUUGAGGGCAUGCAUCAAUCGGUCGGAAGCUCUUCUGCUCCCAUCGUCUGUGCCGAAUAUCCACCACCGACCUUUCUCACCUUCACGCUACAGCUAUGCGGACCUAAGCAACAUGGGUAG